CUUCGAGUGGCAACCGAACUAAAGGGGAUUUUCUGCGGGGUCACCAAUGAAGAAUCAUGGGUUUAAUCUUAAAUAUCCUUAUUUACUUGUAUCUAAGUGCAGGUGUGUGGAGUAUCCAGAACCCGUGGCUGCCCUGUCAGUUCACUGACGAACAUGUGUUUACUAAUAAUGAGGGGCACACUGAGACUCGACUCAUCCACAGAGAGGCUAUGCUGCAAUUUGGUCAGAAAGAAGAUGCUCCUGUUAACCCAAACGCCAUCACUUUAUUAAUCACUGGAUCAAAGUUGGACCUGAGGCGGUAUGUGGAGGGGGUGGAGGAAGAGCAGCUGGAGUGUGAGCUACGCAGAUACAGCACAGAGGGCAUUUAUGUCCGCUGGCCUGUCAUGGGCGCCCUAGAGUACAACCGCUGGUUCCUCUGUACCCUCAGACACAGCAGGGGCCUCUUUACAGUCACUGGUUUCCUCAGGCACCCCUCUGACCAGCCUCCCCCAGGAGAGCAGGACUACCGCAAAUGGCCCCCCAUCCCUGACAGAGAGGUUCUCACCACCACAGUCGCCAUGGUCAUCAAAACAAAGACUCCUUCAGUGAAAGCAGGCCUGAUGUCCCAGCAAAAGCUCCACUGCCAGUUUGACGUUGACCACAAGGGUGCCAACAUCACUGUGGAGUGGCACUGGCAGCACCGGGGAGAGAGGAAUAAACUCUUCAGCUACACCAGCCGCACCGGGCACACCCAGGGGAGCGGCGUUGGGCUGAAGGCUCUGGCGACUGGCGAUGCCACCUACACCCUCCCCCUGUCUAAGAUGAGCAGUGAAGGGACCUACAUUUGUUCAGUGUCAGUGAAUCCACUGUUUGGCAAUGUGGACAUAAAUCUGCACAUCGAAGAGCCUCCUCGUGUCUCCCUCAAUGUGGGACCCACCUUCUCACUGCAGGAGGGCCAGGAGCAGAAAGUUGUGUGUGAGGCAAACAGCUAUUACCCCCUGGAUGUGGAGAUAGUUUGGUACGAGCAGGACCCGGCAGCGUCAGGCCAGAGGGUUGGUGCUCCUCUGCCCAAGGUACUGGAUAACAUCCUACUGUCCAGCCACAAACAUAACCAGGACAGGACCUACUCGCUGUCAGCUUUCUUCUACCUCAAGGCUUCGCUCAGGCAGUCUGGCAAACAGUUUACUUGCAGUGUCUCUCAUCACUCCCUGAAAGUGCCCAUCAAAAAGAGCUUCAUUCUGAAUGUGGAAGAGCCAGGGAGCUGGAUGUUUAACAUUGUUCUUGGUUUGAUUGUAAUCCUGUUGGUCAUCCUGUUUGUAAUGCUGCGCUACCUGCACUCAGUAAGGAAAAGGGCAGUAGAGAAGAAGCCAUACUGAGCAGCGCUGAUGGCCUGAGCAGAGCAUCACACCCAUCAGUGAGAACAGCAGCACCCCCCCAUCUUUUUUUUUUAAUUUUAGAAAUGCUGAAAUGCUUGAUUUUAGUUUUUAGGUAUAUUUGGGUUUCUGUGAAACUGAUUGUUUUUGUGUUGCACUGAUUUAAGUUUAAUUUCAUGGACUCUGAAAGUCUGAUUGUUUUGUAGUAAACCACGUCCAUACAACCUAAGUCCGCCCCUGCUGUGCAUUUCCUCCUAUUUGUAAUUAACUGGGUUUGCUUGGCUAUCAGUGUGUUCUUGUGUUUAUUAGAAUCCUGAGAGAGUCCUAUUCAUUUUCCUGUUUUCUUCUUACUAUAAUAUUAAUCUAAAUGCCUUUUCUUUUACCCCAGGAACAACAAAUUAGCAGGACAGCACUGCUGCUAGGCAAUGGCUAUAUUCACAUGUUUAUUCAUGUGAAUCAUCAUCCACUAAGAGACACCUUAAGCCUAUUAUUAUCAGGCUUAAAGUUGUUUGGCGCAACCCACAGACUGUAUGUAAAAGAUGGAUGUAGCCACAGUGAUCUCACCCAGUAGUUUCUGGAUUCCUCACUUUGAAGGUUAAGCCUUGGGAUUUUGGACGAUACCAGGCUGUCUUUUAGGAGCAGUAAGAGACAAUAUUUGAUGAUGGGGGUAGAUUGUAGAUAUUAGCUAGCUAACUUGGUUAGCAAGCAAUAUUCAUUAAAUUAAGUAUCUGCUAAAUGGGGGCUUCAGUUCUGGAGAGUGAAAUUCCAGUAUUUUUACAAACUUUUUGAACAUGCCAAACUACACAGCAGGUUAUAUUAUUUGUCGGACAAUUAUAUUACAAAUAUAACAUCCCUAACUUAAACCUUACUUGUGUCCAAAUAGAUGAGUUAUAGAAAAAUAUCACACAUUACAUGACAUUAAGAGAAGGAAAGGUCGAAACUAUCCAUAGAGGAGACUUUCCUAUACCAGUCUGUAAACAUGCUUUUUAACAUGGAAAUCUAUGGGGAUUGAUUUGUUUUUUUUAGCAAACCUUAAUUGGCCAAUAGUGGAACUGCAGCUUUUUUAUUUUUAUUUUUUUUACUCUUGAAGGACUGUUGCUUGGUCUGAACUGCUUUUUAGAGACUGGUCUUAACGAAACCCAUUUUAUCAAUUGGGAUCAGGGGUGGUAAAGAACAGCUGGAGCAACCACUCAAUGUUCAUAAUGCAGCAAUCACAUUUUGAAGGUGCCUUGUGGUGUUUUAGACCACUUAAAGUGCUGCAGAGAAAGGUUUUCUGAACAAAUUUGAACACGUUCAUGAUCUUCAGGUGUGUGUUUUUUUUCAAACAAACAAAUCAAAUCCAUGCUCCGAUAAAGAAAUGAAAAUGUUUUGUUCGAUUUUGUGGAAUUACAGAAUAGUUUUGAUUAAAAACACUGAAGAUAACUGGAGUGUUUGUUAUUUACAAGAAAAGUGUACCAGGCACUUGGAAUAACUGCGUAUCUGUAGCGAUUCUACUGCUGAAAACCUGUUGAAUAAUGGGAAUAAAUGAGAAUGACGACCACUAACUUAAUAGCUUAUGGAGUUUAUAUUAUGAAACAUUUUUGCACUAUCUUGGCAGCACAUGGUUAAAUAAUAAAAUGUUUUGGAAUUAAAAUGUAUUUUCUGAAUAUUUUGGACUUGGAGCACUCACUAACUCAACAAUGAGGGUGUUUCAUCAGAUUCCUCAGGUUGAUGUGUGCUGCUGAAUGCUAAAUAGUUGCUGCAGUCUUGUAAUGCAAAUAGACAGUUUUUCAACUUUCUAUGUUGGCUUUCUUACUUGUUCAAUCAUAGUUUAUGAAAACCAGAUUAACUCUGUUGCAGAAAACAAUUUUUACAUUUGUGUAUCUGUUUUUGCAUCAUUUUGCAGCUGAGACUUUUGGAUUGAACCCAAAUGUAUUCUUAAAAAUGUAAUUAAACACAUUUUAAAAGAAUUUUUAAAAGAAAGAACAAGAGAGGGCAAUUGCUAAAUUCUUUUGUGGGAAAAUCUAACUUUUGCUUAUUUAUGUGAUUGUUUUGUAGAUGCGUUUCAAUGUUCCUCUCAUACUUACCUUACAGAUCUUAUAGCUUUGCUUUAGAAAAGUUGUCUUCAUGUUUAUUUAAAAAAAACCAACAACUUUACUAUUAAUGUCUAAGUUCCUCUGCUUUUCAGUUGUAUGAGCAGAAUGUUGUAUGUGUGAAAUGAGAAUUGACUUUUUAUUUGCAGUGUAACAUAUUGUUGACUUAAACACACACAUGCCACAUCCCAACUUGUGACAUGAAUCUCCUGCU